AUGUGUGCGGCCUUUACCUCAGAGCAGCAUGUGUGCGGCCUUUACCUCAGAGCAGCAUGUGUGCGGCCUUUACCUCAGAGCAGCAUGUGUGCGGCCUUUACCUCAGAGCAGCAUGUGUGCGGCCUUUACCUCAGAGCAGCAUGUGUGCGGCCUUUACCUCAGAGCAGCAUGUGUGCGGCCUUUACCUCAGAGCAGCAUGUGUGCGGCCUUUACCUCAGCGCAGCAUGUGUGCGGCCUUUACCUCAGAGCAGCAUGUGUGCGGCCUUUACCUCAGAGCAGCAUGUGUGCGGCCUUUACCUCAGAGCAGCAUGUGUGCGGCCUUUACCUCAGAGCAGCAUGUGUGCGGCCUUUACCUCAGAGCAGCAUGUGUGCGGCCUUUACCUCAGAGCAGCAUGUGUGCGGCCUUUACCUCAGAGCAGCAUGUGUGUGGCCUUUACCUCAGAGCAGCAUGUGUGUGGCCUUUACCUCAGAGCAGCAUGUGUGUAG